AUGACAAGCAGUUCAAACUCUCCAGGAUCUUACUUGUCCUCAAAAACAAGAAGUUCUAAAAUAGAUGACAACUACUUGAAGGAAUUGAACGAGGACUUAAAGCUGAGGAAGCAAGAACUACUAGAGAUGCUUAAACCUCAAGAAGAUAAGAACAACCUCUUAUUCCAGAAGUUAAUGUCUAACUUGGAGGAAAAACAAAGAAGUCUGCACAUCAUGAGGCAGAUCAUGUCAGGGAAGAGUGCUGAGGAAUCCUCAGUCAUGGAGCUCAUUAAAGAAGCAGAAGAGAUGAAGCAGAAUCUGGAAAGGAAAAACAAGAUGCUUCGGAAGGAAAUGGAGAUGCUAUGGAACAAGACAUUCGACACAGGAGAACUUGGUGAUCAACAAAAAGCACCACAGAUAAAAAACAAGGCAGACUUGCAGGAUGGAAAGGCUCCCAAAACCCUCUCAUCACCUAGGAAGACCAAGAAUGAACUGGAGACAUCAUGCAGGGAAAGUGAAAGAGACAAGGAAGGCUCUUUAUUCCACCAGGAGAAGCAACAGAGGAAAAUACCAUGGGGCAGGUAUCAGGAACAAGCCAACAUCCUUCAGAAUGACUUUUAUAGCAAAAUGAUUGAGCUGAGAAUGGAAGCUUUGAAGAACUACCGGAAGGCAGAUGACCUGAAAUUAUCAUUGUACUUACAGCAGAAUUCUGAGACAAAGCAAGCAUUUUUUAAUCCUCCUGGAUCCCAAGGUACUAUGGGCGCCACAACCAUGGGCAGAACAACUAGCAAAAAUGAAUCUAAUGGGCGAAUUCUGGGAUCAAAGACCUACACAGAACAACAAGGAGCUAAAGAAAGUCAGUUUGAUGGUCCAAGAGGGAGGCUCCUUUUUCUGAGGUCACUGCAGGAUGAAGCUCUGAAAGAAUAG